AUGAUGGCGUGCGAGAAUGAUAGUAGUAAAAAGAAGAUCGAUAAUAAUAAUAUAAAGAAGAACCCACCUAAAUCGAACGGUGUAAACUCAAUCAAAUAUGCUGAAAAGUCCAAUGAUGAAAAAGGAUCAAAAUACGAUCUUGAGCUGAUAAAUAAUAUUGAACGAGUGAUGAAUACAAAGCCAAAAUCAGGUGGAAUCGAUGAAAAGCGCAAAGAUCUGAUGACAAUUGGAAUUCAAAACAAAUAUUAG